UACUCUUAUUAGUCUGAAGUAAUUAAUCUGAUUCUCGAAAGCAGCAAGGCAGGUGUAUGAUUCCGAAAAUUUGAAGAAUAUGGGAAUUGAUUGUUAUUAUUAUGAGGCAAAACACAGAAAAUGAAAACGAUAGUAGAAAUGAAAUAAAAGCAUUGUUGUGGUGUAUACUAUAGUUCCCAUCCGAAACAGAAAAAGAAAAGUAAUUAGAAGGGAUGAUGGAGAAGUUGAAGGUGUAUGUAGAUCGUAUGUCCCAACCAUCACGAGCAAUUCUUAUAUUCUGCAGGUUGAACGGAAUCGACUUUGAGGAGGUUCAAAUUGACCUUUCCAAACGUCACCAUCUCUCUCCUCAAUUCACAGAAGUAAACCCUCUCCAGAAAGUACCUGCUAUUCUUCAUGGAAACUUCAAUCUCUUCGAGAGCCAUGCAAUCCUUGCCUAUCUUGCUUCUGCUUUUCCUGGAAUUGCUGACCAUUGGUACCCAACUGAUGUUUUCAGGAGAGCCAAAAUUAACUCCGUAUUAGAUUGGCAUCACUCUAAUUUAAGAUAUGGAGCAGUGAACUAUGUAAUAAAUACUGUAUUAGGACCUGCACUUGGUCGUCCACUGAAUCCAAAAGCAGCUGCUGAAGCAGAGAAAGUUUUAUUAUCUUCUUUAUCAAAACUAGAGGAUAUUUGGCUCAAUGGAGAUGGACGAUUCCUUCUUGGCGCCUUUCAACCGUCUAUAGCAGAUCUCAGCCUGGUUUGUGAACUCACGCAACUUGAGGUUUUGGAUGAGAAGGAUCGGGAUCGAAUAUUAUCUCCAUACAAAAAAGUUCUUCGAUGGAUUAAAGAUACAAAAGCUGCAACAAAUCCACACUUUGACGAAAUGCAUAAUAUACUUUAUAGAGCUAAGAAGAAAUUCCAACAGCAGCGUUCAAGGGUAGCUAAAACUGAGACUGAGACUAGCAACGAGAUUGGGGGACAUUCUAAGAUGUGAGAGCAAUGACUUCAUCUUUUUUUGAGACUGACAUAUUAAUAGUCUAAGAAGAUUUUGUCAGUGAAUAAGUACGGGAAGUCAGAAAAGAAAUGUGGUUGUAUUUGUCAACUGCAUUCCCCACUUCUAGCCCAGUAACUUAUAUGAUCACUUUGUAAAUUUUGGUUGUAUCUUGGUGGUCUAUUAUAAAUGUUUGAAAUAAAAACGAGGAACUAAACUUUAUUGUAUCCAACAUGAUCAAAUUUGAAUAAUUAAAAUGAGGUGCUUUUGCAUGUGGCAA